CUUUAUCUUUUAACUUCUUCCCCCUUUAUCGAGCUUCACUAAAAAUGCCAAAAAUGGCUCUAGAAUGCACUAGUACGUUCUGUGUUCUAGGAAUUAACUUCAACGCCUCGCUAUCAAAGAAUGAAAGAGUUCAUCAGAGAGAAUACCAUAUAUCCGUCUUGAGAAUGAAUCUCGGAGAGCCGAAAUGCAUCGUGGAGAUAAGUCGACAAAGUUUGUUGGGAGGAGACUUCAGGUGUUCGUGCGGCGGCAGAUAUAAAGCUGCCCGGAGCAUGCGUAAUCACUGUUACCAAUGUCUAUUUAUAAAAGACGUAGCCUCCUUUGCAGUCAAGAAUGGAACAGAUGUUACCACCUCUUAUAUAACAGUGAAGCUAUCGCCAACAUCAACUCAUUUCGAUCGAGAUCCCGCAGAGACCAUUCAGCAAAAAAGACAAAGAAAGGGGACAGAUGAAUAUGAGGAAUAUCAUGGAAUUGAAGAUAGGGUGCAGAAAGAUGAGAUACAGGGAAAUGAGAUACAGGAAGAUGAGAUACAGGAAGAUGAGAUACAGGGAAAUAAGGUACAGAAAGAUGGAAUACAGGAAGAUGGGCAUCGUAAGGUUAAGCAGAAGGCGAAAAGUACUCGCGCCGACAGGGCAAUAUAUCUUCUAGAACAACUCCUAAAAGAAGCCCAAAAACAGAAUGAGCGCCUAGCAACAAUAGACGCCCGGGUAGAUAACACACUCAAUGGUAUGACGAUAAUCGUCAAAGACGUCGUCCAGAUCAUCAAGGAUGAGGUUCAAAUCGUCAAGGAUGCAGUACAGGCCAUCAAUGCCGUCAAGAAUGACGUCAAGCUCGUCAAAAAUGAGAUCAACGAGAUGUCUAUGCUCCCCAUCCCGUCAAGGAAGAGAUCCAGAUCAUCAAGGAGGAGGUCUAGAUCCUCGAGCACUAUCGACAAGGUGUGUCAAACUUUUUAGCUAAUCACUAGUGCAGCAGCAAGGUUUCUUCUCUGAUAACAGGACAUCUGCAACUCAUUCUAUACUCUAACCCAAGGCGAUGAACCAAGAAAUGCCAAAACAAAAAGUCGGAGGAAGAACGCAAAAAAUAGCUUUAUUUUCGCUAGGCACUCCUGACUCCUGCCUUGUGCUGAGUUUUCAAACUCUAGCUCCCUUCUUCCUAUCUUCACUCAUACUUCUUUCUAUCUCAUUGAUAUUAAUAAAACAUUGC